CGCACCCCCGCUUCCUGCGCUACCGCCGUCGCCCGUCCAUCGAAGCCACGACGACAUCGGUGAAGUGCUCGCGGCACGGGGGGAGGUACCGAGGUCGUCGCCGGGACCAGAUGUUCGUGGGACGUCAGCCAUUGACCGGGCGGCGCAGGUUCUCACCAAGCCAUCCAUCCUCGCACAACGGCAACGGGACGACACCCUUUUGGGCCAGUGACCAGAACUGGGAGGAACCCUCCCGUCGAGAGCUUGAGCGGCGUUCAAGAUAACGGCUGCAUUACGGCAUGCACAAAUCCGAGGCGUCGCUGUGCGUGCAUGAUGUUGGAUCAGGGCUGUGUCUGCAGGUGGCCUAACAUCACCCGUACACGAAUCGGCAACCCCCGGAUGUAUUGGCUGAGGCGUUCGUUUAUUUAUAAUCAUUGUGUAGGUAGCCUGGGACAACCGUGCAUGUUGGAGGUGUUUGUUUAUUUUAUAGUCGUUCUAGGUAGCUUCAAGACACACGUACAUUCCUUGGGUAUCGUAUAUGGGUUGACAGAUGGUCGCGGCCGUUUGCCGGUAGUUUUACCACGCCU